AUGAGCCCCGACCUCGAAGUAUUCGCCCAGCACUGCCAGAGGUUCUACUUCUCCAGCGACGCCGAGUCGGACUACAUCACGUCAACAUUGGCAAAGGUUUCCCCGGCGGAUCGGCCAGCCUAUACCAAAGUCCAGGCGGAGAUACGGUCGCAAGCCCACGCUCAUCAUUUGAGCGUUCGCCGGUCGACAUUUCAGGCCUUCAUCUCAGAUCCUGGGCGCUCCGAUACUGAGACUCUCGUGCGGUGGUACUCAUCCGGAACCGAACCAUUCUUCCAUGGACUCAAAGCGGCGUUGAGACUGCAAAUCGGGAAGGGACAACGAGUGGUGUGGGAGAUUGACGAUGCGGUGUUUCAACAGUCAGGGAGUUUGGAUUUUAUGCGGGACGCGGUCCAGACAAUGAAGGGGUUGGGGUUUGAGCCAAAUCCAUUCCAGGAGGGACUCCGGCAGUGGGUGUUGACACGUACUCGCGAUCCAGAGCUGGACGCGGCGGUCAGGGUGUUGGGACGAGGCGCCAAGCGGGGAACAGGACGGAUGUGGGUUGGCACGGAUGACAGGGAACCAGGGUGGCAAGGGAGCUGGUGGUUUCGGAUCAAGUAUUGGCUGCGAAGCUGGUUCUGA